UUGGGGAGUGAUUAAUCACACAAAAGCUGAUGUAUUGACUGCUUUUAACAUAUCAAGAUCUGGUUAUCUAUGCCAGCCCAAAAUUUCAGAUACCAGAUACUCUGGCAUGUAGAUAUGGACUUGUUGUGGUCAGUGAACAAUUCUGUCAAGUGUUACCCACACCUACUGGAUGAUAUAAAAGUUGAAGGUCUCUGGAGUUUUCUUGAGUUCCUAUCCUCCACAGCCUCUUGUUGAAGGAAAAAUGAAGGCAUUUGCUGCAAUUUUCAUUUUGCUGGGAGUCUUCUGGACUCAAAGUUCUGCAUUGGAGAGUUAUCUCCUGCCGGGACCUAAUAAUGAAUAUGUCACUGGGUCUAUGACCAUUGACAACAAGAAGAACUAUGCUGAUGUCCAUGUCCGAUCUGGCAUGUACUCCUCUGACACCAUUUUUGACUACCAGCACGGAUAUAUUGCAACAAGGCUGUUUGCACGACAUGCUUGUUUCAUCAUGAAAAUUGAUAGAGCUUCCAUCCCUGAGCUGCAAGAGAUUGGACGCCAGGCUUUUGAGAGACAGACUAUGAGGAAAAUUUAUUCUCCACGAGUUAUGUGGGUACAGUUUCAACCCGGUAAUGCCAUGUUUGGGAGCAUCAGAGAGUGGCUUCGCUAUGGUAAACCCAUUGAGCAACUCUGCAAGGGUCUACCUCUCUACAAGCUUACAAGGAUUGAACCACUGACUAAUUCCAACGGCUGUGCCAGUGCAGGAAUUCCAUCCAUUUUGGGCUUUAACAUCUGUGAGAAACUCAGAGAGAACUACUGA